GUCUGUCUAAGUAUGCACGUCGCACUACAACCGUUUGUCAUGGAUGGAUCGUGAAAACUUGGGAAGGGAGUAGAGCAUGCGCUGCCGAGAUGAGACGCGCGAGAAGUGGCGUUCGGAUUUAGAGUCGCGUGUCGCGCAAAGCUCGUUCGGCAAAGCACGCGUCAAAAGUUCUGUGCCAGGUAAAACGAGUCGCAGCAUCGCAUUCUUUAGAAUGAUCGUAAGAUGGUGACCAAAAGUCUGCUGAUAUUAUUGCCGAUAUUUCUGUCCUGCAUAUGUGUGUUAGCUUUUCCGAAACAGGUCUACGUAGCAUUGUUCGACGAAAAUGAAACGGAAGUUUCAUAUGUCAUGCGGAUGUUCAAAUUAUCAGUGCAAGCAAUUAACGAGCAAAGGUGUGGAAACGAGGAAUGUCAUCUAUCAAAUGUGUCUUUGGAAGUGGAAACAGGAGAGGCUGCAACAGAGCUAUUCGAGAUAUCAAAGACAGUAUGCACGAUGGUAAGUAGCUACAAAAUAGUUGGGAUCUUCGGACCUCAGGAAAAAAUGGCCACAGAAUACAUUCAAAGUAUAUGCGAUACAAUAGAUAUGCCGCACAUUUCCGUGCGACAGGAUUCUAGUGAAUCACCUCAGCACCGUGGAUUAAGUCUGAAUUUCUAUCCGCACGUGAGCUCCUUAUCACGCAUAUAUGAUCAACUGGUCACGGAAUUCAAAUGGAAAUCUUUUGCAAUACUCUACGAGAAUACCGAUAGUCUCAUUCGUAUGCAUCUUUUGAUGAAACGAUGGGACCCUCACGGCAAUUCUGCAUUUAUGUACCACUUGGGUUGCGGACCGAAUUAUAGGGAAGCGAUGCAAGAAAUCAAAGCAUCAGGUAUAGAAAACAUUAUCAUCGAUUGUUCGUAUAAGAUACUCAGUGAAGUUCUUAAGCAGGCUCAACAAGUUGGCAUCUUAUCUGAAAAGUAUAAAGUGAUCGUCACAUCUUUGGAUCUGCAAACCUUGGAUUUAGAACCAUAUCAGUAUUCUGGCGUCAACUUUACCGGCUUGCGCCUGAUUGACCCUGAAGAUCCGAUAGUUCAACAAACUUUAGACGAAUACAAGAACGAAUGGGGCUUAGAUGAUCCCUGGGAGCUACAAACUGAACCCGCACUUAUGUAUGACGCGGUACAACUAUUUGCAACAGCUUUCAAGCAAUUAAAAGAUGCCGUCAAAGGUGAUGUUAAAACAUUGCCAUGCGAUGGUAAUUUUUACAAUGAUACUGUUAGAUGGGAACACGGAUUAAGCUUGAUCAACUUUAUGCGAUCGAGUGAAAUACGAGGAUUAACUGGACUUGUAAAAUUUGACAAAGAUGGCGUCCGGAGUAAUAUACAAUUAGAUGUUGUACGUCUGACCGAAAAUGGCUUGACAAAAAUAGGUGUAUGGAACAGUACAGCAGGAAAUAAUAUUAAUUGGAUACCAGAAAUUAACACAAAAAGGACAGAUGUUGAGCUAAGUUUGCAAAACAAAACAUUUAUAGUCCUCAUAGCUUUAACAGCACCCUACGGAAUGGAGACGCAAUCAUCGACAACUCUGAGUGGGAAUGAACGAUACGAGGGUUUUGGAAUUGACAUAAUAGAUCGUAUCAGCCAAAUCCUGGGUUUUAACUAUACGUUGCAAGUAGAGUCAAAUACUGGUACCAAAAAAAACGGGAAGUGGUCAGGCAUGCUUGGAAAAAUUAUAAAUGAUGAAGCAGAUCUUGCCAUUGCAGAUCUUACAAUUACAGCAGAGCGCGAAGAAGCUGUCGAUUUUACCAACCCGUUCAUGAAUUUAGGUAUAAGCAUACUUUAUAGAAAACCGACCAAAGCUCCCCCCAGCUUGCUUUCAUUUCUAUCACCAUUUUCGAACGAUGUUUGGUCUUACUUAAUCGGCGCAUGUGUCAUAGUAUCUUUGCUCCUUUUUAUAAUUGGCAGGCUAUGCCCUGCAGAAUGGAACAAUCCUUAUCCUUGCAUUGAAGAAGCAGAAGAGCUUGAAAAUCAAUUCACCUUUAAGAACGCAUUCUGGUUUGUAAUAGGAAGUAUUAUGCAGCAAGGGUCAGAAAUCGCCCCAAUAGGCAUAUCUACAAGGAUGAUGGCAAGUUGCUGGUGGUUCUUUUGUCUCAUUAUGGUUUCUAGCUAUACUGCUAAUUUGGCGGCAUUUUUGACAGUUGAAACUGUUGUAAAUCCUUUUAAUAAUGUUGAGGAAUUAGCAAAACAGGGGGGGGAGCCCAUCAUGUAUGGAGCUAAAUAUGAAGGAGCUACGUUCAAAUUUUUCAGAACUUUUGCCAAUUCUAAGGACAGUGAUUAUCCGACGUACAGGAAGAUGUAUGAAUAUAUGAUGGCAAAUGAAAAAGAGGUGCUGCCAAGGUCCAAUGACAUUGGCUUGCAGCAGGUAAAAACCCAAAACUAUGCAUUCCUUAUGGAAUCUAGUUCAAUAGAAUAUACCAUAGAACGUGAAUGCAAUAUGACUCAAAUAGGUGGGCUAUUAGACGAAAAGGGUUACGGAAUCGCGAUUAAAAAAUUUUCACCUUAUAGACACUAUUUAAAUACUGCAAUUUUACAACUUUCCGAAAGUGGGAUAAUCACAGAGCUUAAGAAGAAAUGGUGGACACAAAAACGAGGCGGAGGGAAGUGUCGUGAGAAUGGUGGCAGUAGUUCACCAGAGGAACUCGGUUUUGAUAACGUCGGUGGUGUAUUUUUUGUCCUCGUUGUCGGAGUGGCUUUAUCAUUCGUGUACACAAUUAUCGAAUUACUUUGGGAAAUUGCUGGGAUAUCUAUUCGAGAAAAUGUAUCUUUCAAACAGGAAUUGCUAAACGAAUUGAAAUUCAUUGCAAAAGGCAGUAGUUCUAAACCGACGCGAAGAGGAAAUGGAGCAUCUAGUAAAAGUGAAAAUAACAGCACAAGAGGAUGUACACCACCGUACGGUUUUAUACCGACAGUAAUAACAACAUCACCAACUGAUGACAAAUAAUGACGGGACAAAUUUAGACAAAUGCAAAGCUAUCGUUUGCACGAAUUUAUUACUUUGUUGUCUAUAUCACAACGUUCGAGUAAAACUACAAAAGUCACAUCGUAAAUAUUUUAGGGCACUUGCAUUGAACAAAAAAUUUUAAGAAAUAUGUAAUAUCUAUAUACAACAUACAUAGCUUUUACGAAUAAUAAUUGAUUUUAAGUAACCUCUCGCUUCCUGCAUCUAUUAAUCAUUUGAUAAGAUGACAGGAAAAACGAGAGAAAUAAUAGCAAAAAAUUUUUAACACUAAUAAUAUCUUAACGAUCCUCAGUAUUAUUGAGCCUAUUUUUUAAGUGCACUUUCUUUCGAACUCUGUGUGUUUGCAUUUAAAAUAAAAUAAAUGGAGUUUUGAUUGAGAAAGAAAAAAGAAAAAUUUUAAGAAAAGCGAAGUACGUAAUUUUAAGAUUACUAUUAUAUCAAAUAUUAUUGCAAUUUUUAUAUGUCACAUAUAGCAUCGAACGCACCAAAUAAAUUAAUAAAAAUUUCCGAA